AUCCGCCCACGUGGCUCUCGAUACGCGAUGUACGCAUUUGGGAAUUCCGGAGAUUCAUCGACAUCAAAGUCAUCAACAGUCAAGGCCUCAUCUACUCCGCACUGAGAGUGCAGUAACUGGAAGAACCAUUCAUGGCGUCCGAAGAUCAUGGCCAUCAUCAUGAUCAUGACCAUCAACACACCCAUCAUCAUCAUCACCAUACCCAUGAGGAAUCUCAUGGGUUAUCAUCAUGGGUGGGCGCUGAUGGAAGGGUAUACCAUAGCCAUGAUGGUUUGGCUCCACACUCACAUGAGCCCAUAUACUCCCCCGGGUAUUUUAGCAGAAGGGCACCUCCUCUUUCUACCCGGGAUUUCAAGGAAAGAGCUUUCACGGUUGGAAUUGGUGGGCCCGUCGGAACCGGGAAAACAGCUUUAAUGUUGGCACUGUGCCAAUCCUUGCGUGACAAGUACAGUCUCGCAGCGGUUACAAAUGAUAUAUUCACAAGAGAGGAUGGAGAGUUCUUGGUGAAGCAUGGAGCUUUGCCUGAAGAAAGGAUUCGCGCCGUAGAAACAGGAGGCUGUCCACAUGCUGCCAUUCGUGAAGAUAUUAGUAUUAAUCUGGGUCCACUGGAGGAGCUAUCCAACUUAUACAAAGCAGAUAUACUUCUUUGUGAAUCUGGAGGAGAUAACUUAGCUGCUAACUUCAGCAGAGAGUUGGCAGACUAUAUCAUCUACAUUAUCGAUGUUUCUGCUGGCGAUAAAAUACCUCGAAAAGGUGGCCCCGGAAUCACCCAAGCAGACCUAUUGGUAAUCAAUAAGACUGACCUUGCACCAGCAGUUGGAGCUGACUUGGCAGUCAUGGAGCGUGAUGCACUUCGGAUGCGGGAUGGUGGACCUUUUGUCUUUGCUCAGGUGAAGCACCGGAUUGGCGUGGAGGAUAUUGUGAAUCAUGUUCUACAAGCUUGGGAAGUAGCAACCGGGAAGAAGCGCCACUGAUUUCACGGAAAAACACUAUCCCCAACUCCCAAUGGAAUGAAAAGCAUUUUACUUGUGCUUGGAGACUAAACAGAGCUUUCCACCACCAGUAUUUGUUAGGACAAGUUGCUUCCACUCAACCUUAGUUUGGGAAAGACAUUACCCCCUUACCCAUGUUCAUGGGGUGGGCCCACUUAAUAGGGACAUUUCCAUCUACAAUCUAAACCAUUGGCUAUGUCCUUUGGACUUCGGCGAGUGUUUAUCUCAUUGGGAUGUAUUUGAUAUCAGGUGAUAUAAACCAGAUCAGCCAGUCAAUGAUACAAUGCUAUGAACUUGUCCUAUGCUGCUUAUAGGAUAAAGAGGAAUUAUGCUAUGUGGCUGGCAUUAUUGCACACCACGGUUUUCCAAUUCUGACAAGUGGGGCCCAUGGUUUGGCAAUCCAGAUCAUUUGCUGUUGUGUCCGACCACUGAUGGAGAUUGAUCCAAGUAUCUCCAGAUUGGUGGAUCCCAAUACCAAAAUUAGGACAUUUUUUCAGUUGAAUGUGGAUCAUUGCUGUUCUCUACUUAAAAUUUUAUCUGCGGUCGAUGAAUGAAAUGGUCAAGAUUGUGUCAUA